AUUCGCACCCUGCAUUUUCAAAGAAAAUACUUUCUGUUCUCUCUGGUCUUUUACUACCAUAAAUACACUGUCCCUGCUGCGAAUACUACAGUCUCUUCAUUCAAACAUGCUUUAUGUUUUUGCCAAAUAUGAUCUCUAACUGAAAGUUUAUUUUUGGUUUUGGAUGAAUCUGUGGAGCUUACGUUGUAAGAAGAAAGGGGGAACAAGGCACAAUGAAAGAAAAGUCCAAAAAUGCUGCGCGGACUAGGAGAGAGAAGGAAAACAGUGAAUUUUAUGAACUGGCUAAAUUACUGCCUUUGCCCUCGGCUAUCACCUCGCAGCUGGACAAAGCAUCCAUAAUCAGACUGACGACCAGCUAUCUCAAAAUGAGAGUGGUGUUCCCAGAAGGGCUUGGCGAGGCGUGGGGCCACUCGAGUCGAACAAGCCCCCUGGACAACGUCGGCCGCGAACUGGGCUCCCAUUUGCUUCAGACCCUAGAUGGCUUCAUCUUCGUGGUGGCCCCAGAUGGGAAGAUCAUGUAUAUCUCAGAGACAGCCUCAGUCCACCUGGGUCUUUCUCAGGUAGAGCUGACCGGAAACAGCAUUUAUGAGUACAUCCAUCCCGCGGACCACGACGAGAUGACGGCGGUGCUCACCGCCCAUCAGCCCUACCACUCUCACUUCGUGCAGGAGUACGAGAUCGAACGCUCCUUCUUCCUGAGGAUGAAGUGCGUCUUGGCCAAGCGGAACGCAGGCCUCACCUGCGGCGGCUACAAGGUCAUUCAUUGCAGCGGCUACCUGAAGAUCCGCCAGUACAGCCUGGACAUGUCCCCCUUUGACGGCUGCUACCAGAACGUGGGCCUAGUGGCCGUGGGUCACUCGCUGCCUCCCAGCGCCGUCACGGAGAUCAAGCUACACAGCAACAUGUUCAUGUUCCGUGCCAGCCUGGACAUGAAGCUCAUCUUCCUGGACUCCAGGGUGGCGGAGCUGACGGGGUAUGAACCUCAGGACCUGAUUGAGAAGACCCUGUACCACCACGUGCAUGGCUGCGACACCUUCCACCUGCGCUGCGCUCACCACCUGCUGCUGGUGAAGGGACAGGUGACCACCAAGUACUAUAGGUUCCUGGCGAAGCACGGUGGCUGGGUAUGGGUGCAGAGCUACGCGACCAUUGUGCACAACAGUCGCUCUUCCAGGCCACACUGCAUCGUCAGCGUCAACUACGUCCUCACAGACACAGAAUACAAAGGGCUGCAGCUCUCCCUGGAUCAGAUCUCAGCCUCCAAACCAGCCUUCUCCUAUGCCAGCAGCUCCACCCCCACCAUGACUGACAGCAGGAAGGGGGCCAAGACUAGGCUCUCCAGCUCAAAGUCAAAAGCCAGAACCUCACCAUACCCUCAGUAUUCGGGAUUUCACACGGAAAGAUCGGAGUCUGACCACGACAGCCAGUGGGGCGGAAGUCCCCUGACCGACACAGCCUCCCCGCAGCUCCUGGACCCCGCCGAGCGGCCGGGCUCUCAGCAUGACGCGUCGUGCGCCUACAGACAGUUCUCGGACCGCAGCUCCCUCUGCUACGGCUUUGCGCUCGACCCCUCCAGGCUGGUGGAGGAGCGGCAUUUCCACACCCCGGCCUGCGAGGGGGGCCGCUGCGAGGCGGGCAGGUACUUCCUGGGAACGCCGCAGGCCGGGAGGGAGCCCUGGUGGGGCCCUCGCGCAGCCUUGCCCCUGACCAAGGCGUCCCCGGAAAGCAGAGAAGCCUACGAGAACAGCAUGCCGCACAUCGCUUCCGUCCACAGGAUCCACGGGAGAGGUCAUUGGGAUGAAGAUAGUGUGGUCAGUUCUCCAGACCCCGGGUCGGCCAGUGAAUCGGGUGACCGAUAUCGCACUGAGCAGUAUCAAAGUAGUCCACAUGAACCUAGCAAAAUUGAAACUCUGAUAAGAGCGACCCAGCAAAUGAUUAAAGAAGAGGAGAACAGAUUGCAGUUAAGGAAAGCCCCCCCAGACCAACUGGCUUCCAUUAAUGGAGCUGGGAAAAAACACUCCCUCUGUUUUGCAAACUACCAACAGCCCCCACCAACAGGUGAAGUCUGCCACGGCUCUGCUCUUGCCAACACUUCACCAUGUGACCACAUCCAGCAGAGAGAGGGAAAGAUGCUGAGCCCCCAUGAAAAUGACUAUGACAACAGUCCCACUGCACUGUCUCGGAUAAGUAGUCCCAGUUCAGAUCGUAUUUCAAAAUCCAGUUUGAUCCUAGCUAAAGACUAUCUACAUUCGGAUAUGUCUCCUCAUCAGACAGCAGGAGACCAUCCUGCUGUCUCUCCAAACUGCUUUGGCUCUCACCGGCAGUAUUUUGAUAAGCAUGCUUACACAUUAACUGGAUAUGCCCUGGAGCACUUAUAUGACAGUGAAACCAUUAGAAACUAUUCCUUGGGCUGUAAUGGCUCACACUUUGAUGUAACUUCCCAUCUAAGGAUGCAGCCAGAUCCAGCACAAGGACACAAGGGAACAUCUGUCAUAAUAACCAAUGGAAGCUGAUGUUUUUCUAGAGUAUUUUGUUCUUUAAGGAUCUCUGAAACAUAUUUAUAGUUUAAUGCCCUAUUACUAGCAUUUACUAUGCCACAGAUUGUUAGAAAGGAUAAUUUAAGUUAUUGAGUAUGUGACAUGUGUUCCAAUGAAAUAAAACAUAACACUAGUAUUCAGGGUUAUAAACAGAUAUGGAGCUAAACCGAAUACACAAAUUGCCCCUUUAAUUAUAUGGGAAUCAGAAUAGAUACAUUUUGAAUUGAAAAAUGCUCAUGUAAGAUGGAGUGAGCAGUAUACCACAUGAAAAAGACUGGUGAGUAAUAACAUUACAUUGUGAUGACCCAGCAAUCCUCAUACACACAGACCACUAUUCACAGACCACUGUGUAGCCUUUAGAUGGAGAAAUACAGAAUAUAUUCCAUAAAUAGACCACAAAUAGGUAACUUUCCUUAACCCUAGCACAUUAAGCUUCUUAAAGAGAUUUUCAUCCCCAAAAUAACUAAGAGAGAGAGAUACGUCCUGUAAAAUGAUUUCUUCUUUGUGGUUUCAAACCACUAGCUCAUUUGGUUCAGGCAUAAAUUAGAGAUAUGGUUCUGGAUGUGGUCAAGAAUGACUUUUCACCUGGUAUCCAUUAUGAGCAAUCAGGAAGUAGUGAUUUUUCACCUUACUUUUGAGUUAGACAAAGACCAAGAUUGCACUGACAUAGCAGUAGGGUUUUUUCUAUGUAAAAGCACUGAGAUGUUGGGACACACAUCAAAAAACUUGUGUGCUCAAUUGGAAGUAGUUUAAUGAAGAUGGAAAGGCCAGAGGCAGAGUGAAAUGAAACAAUAAAAUAAAUGAUUUAAAGCUCAGAACAGGUAAACAAAAUAUUUGUGGCUUGCUUAUAAAACCAACCAAAUAAAAAAUUCAAACUAAUUCACUAAGAAAAAAGGCUGAUAAGUGCAAAAAAUAACUAAGGAAAACCAGUAAAGUGCUACAUGACAGGCGUGUAAGUGUUUGAAAACAUUUCAAAGCACAGAUGUGCCAAUGUGACAACAUGUGGAAAGCCUUGGGAGAGAGUCUAAGAUAAAAGGUUAGGCUGAUAGACAAGUGUUUAAAGACUGAGAGUAGUAUUGCGACUGAAAGAACAGGCAAAAUGUUCAUUUUCCUUAUUCUUUGUAAGCAACAAAAACAACAAACUUGGUCUUAUGUCUGCGUGGUAUAGUGGAAAGAACAGCAGACUAAAUGCCAAAAUCUCUGGGUUCCAGUGCUGAUCCUUAAUUUUGUGACCAUAGAUGUAUCACUCACCAGUGAUACAAUGCUCGGGCACCAGUUUCCUGGGUUGUGAGGCAGCUCUAAUGUUCCAUGGUUCCAUGGUUCACUGGUGCAGCAGAACUGAACAUAUUAACCAAUUAACUAUCCACUAUGAGUUGUCAUGACUGAUCAUUCUGGCUUCUCUGCACACAUACAGAGGUCUAGAUGUUUGUAACUCAAGCAGGUGUGUGGGCUCUUUUAGGCAUGUAUAGCUACAGUCAACUUUCUAGAUUC